AUAAAGCGGUUGAACAAGAAGACUGUUCACAUGACUCGAGAAAUUCUUAUUCAGCUCAAACAGGUACGGGACAUCAGCCAUGAAAACCUGAACCCCUUCAUUGGAGCGUGCAUCGAGUCACCCAACAUUAUGAUGGUUUGGUCGUACUGCAAAAAGGGAAGCUUAAAGGACGUCUUGGCUAACGAUGAGUAUAAGAUCGACUAUGGAUUCAAACUGUCCAUGGCCAUCGACAUCGCGGCGGGCAUGAAAUACCUUCACAACACCUCUGUCAAAUUCCAUGGCAACCUAACUUCGACUCGAUGCGUGAUUGACAGUCACUGGGUUGUCAAGAUCACAGACUGGGGUUUGCAUGAAUUCAAAGCUGGACAGGAGAAUACCAAGAGUUUGCACAAGAUGUAUUAUGAUCUCUUGUGGACUGCACCUGAGCACAUCAAUAUCAGUAAGGUGGAGCGUGAGGGGUUUUCCCAGAAAGGAGAUGUGUACAGCUAUGGAAUACUACUUCAAGAAAUGUCCUUUCGUUCGGAGCCUUACAGCAGAAAAAUGUUACAACCUAAAGUAAUAAUUCACCGUGUUGUGGCUCAUGAGGAUCCUCCUUUCCGUCCUGAUGUUCCAUCAAUGGAAAUGAAGCCGGAAUACAUAGAGCUGAUGGUAGAUUGCUGGAAUGACGAACCCGAGGAAAGGCCGCAUUUUUACCGAAUUGUAGAGCGGCUCAAGAAAGAAAGUGGCAGAGGAUCUAACAUCAUAGAAAACAUGGUUACUAUGAUGGAGAAGCAUGCUAAUCACUUGGAACAGCUGGUGGAGGAACGAACCAGGCAGUUAAAUGAGGAGAAAGAAAAAACAGAGAAAAUCCUCUACCGAUUGCUCCCACCUUUGGUAGUGGACCAGUUGAAGUCUGAUAACACGGUGCAGGCCGAGGGAUUUGAGGAAGUUACCAUCUUCUUCAGUGACAUUGUCGGCUUCACUAAGCUGGCCUCCAUGAGUACCCCGCUAGAGAUUGUGGGCUUUUUGAAUGAUUUGUAUGUGUCCUUUGAUGAAAUUAUCAGUCGUUUUGACGUAUACAAGGUGGAGACAGUUGGUGAUGCUUACGUUGUUGUCAGCGGUUGUCCUAAGAAGAAUGGGAUAAAACAUGCUAGUGAAAUUGCGAGCAUGGCACUAGAGCUUCUCAGUCACAUGACUGUAUUUCGUGUGCGACAUCUGCCAGACCAUCAACUGCAACUGCGAAUUGGCAUCAACACGGGUCCAGUGGUGGCGGCAGUUGUUGGUGUGACCAUGCCACGGUUUUGCCUUUAUGGUCACACGGUCAACAUCGCAUCUAAGCUGGAAAGCACCUGUCUGCCUUUGCGCAUCCACGUGAGCAGCGAGUCACAUUCGAGGUUGGUUGAAGUUGGAGGUUUUUAUCUAGAGGAGAGGGGACAGGUCCAGAUUAAGAGGCAAGGACUGGUGACUACUUACUGGUUGGUUGGUAAAGAAGGCUUUGACAAAGCCUUACCCGACCCCCCACUGGACUUCUCAGAACCUCUGUUUGAAACUUUGGAUGUGUAUUAUGCCAGUUAA